AUGAAGGCUUCGGUGAUUGCCUUUGCGGCCCUGAUCACGGCGGCCGUGGCAGCGCCUCCUCCACCUCACCAUCCGCCUCCCCGAGACACACCCAGCUGCCGCUGUCUUCCUGGCGACCUCUGCUGGCCGGCAGCCCCGGCCUGGUCCAACCUCAACACCAAGCUCGGUGGACGUCUCAUCAAGACCGUCCCCAUCGGCAGCCCGUGCCACGAUCCCACCUACGAUGCCGCUGCUUGCCAGGCUCUGCAGGACAACUGGACUCACCCCCAGCCUCAGUAUGUGAUGAUCACCCUUCCCCUCCCCCUCCCGCCGCCUCUCUCUGAACUUCUGGAUUCCAAUGGAUCGCCCGUGGUGUCUGAGAGGGGAAUCCGGCAUCCUUCCCUGAGCUCCCCCACUUCAGUGAUGCAGAUCUUCUUCACGAACCAGACUUGCUCUCCAUUCUCUGCCGAGGCCUCAUCAUGCACUCUUGGGAACUUCCCCAGCUACGCGGUCAACGCGUCUUCCGCCAGUGAUAUUCAGACUGCAGUCAACUUUGCUCGUGACAACAACAUUCGUUUCGUCAUCAAGAACACCGGCCAUGAUUACCUGGGUCGGUCCACCGGUGCUGGUGCUCUCUCUGUCUGGACGCACAACCUCAACCAAGUCGAGUAUGUGGAUUACCGCAGUGCCGCCUACAACGGUCCUGCCUUCAAGGUCGGUGCCGGUACCAUGGGCUUCCAGAUCAUGGAGGCUGCUCACGCUCGGGGUCUGCUCGUCGUCGGUGGUGAAUGCCCUACUGUCGGUAUUGCCGGCGGCUACACGCAGGGUGGCGGUCACUCCGCUAUGAGUACCGCGUUCGGUCUGGGUGCCGACAACACUCUGGAGUUCGAGGUUGUCACUGCCGACGGCAAGCUGGUCACUGCAUCCGCCUCCCAGAAUAGCGAACUGUACUGGGCGCUGAGCGGUGGUGGUGCCGGUAACUACGGUGUCGUGGUCUCCAUGACCAUCAAGGCUCACCAGGACGCGAUGGUCGCCGGUGCCAGCCUGCAGUUCACACGUGCCAACAUCUCUGCCGACACCUUCUACGAGGCCGUGGCCGAGUUCCACCACCUCCUUCCCGCCAUGAUCGAUACCGGUGCUACCGUCAUCUACGACAUGACCAACACUUUCUUCCUCAUCAACCCCGUCACGGGCUACAACAUGACCUCUGCCCAGGUCAAGGAUCUCCUGACCCCCUUCACCGAGGCACUCACCAACCUCGGUAUCCAGUACAAGUUGGGCCUGACUCAAUAUGAGAACUACUACGAGCACUACCAGCACUACAUGGGUCCCCUUCCCUGGGGUAACCUUGACGUCGCCACCUACCAGUACGGUGGUCGUCUGAUCCCCCGUGACACUCUGGAGAACAACUACAACGGCAUGGCCGCCGCUCUCCGCAACAUCACCGAGUCCGGCGUCAUCGCCGUCGGGGUGGGCAUGAACGUCACCGCCAAGGGUGGUAACAACGCCGUCUUCCCGGCUCUCCGCAACGCCGCCGUCACCAUGCAGAUCGGUACUCACUGGUCCGACACCGCAUCCCGCGACCAGAUGAUUGCGGAGCAGAUGAAGCUGACCAACCAGUACGUUCCUCAGCUUGAAGCCAUCACCCCCGGCAGUGGCUGCUACCAGAACGAGGCCAACUUCCGUCAACCCGACUGGAAGGAGACCUUCUUCGGAGCCAACUACGAGCCCCUGUUGAAGGUGAAGAACGCCUAUGAUCCCACCUCAUUCUUCUACGCCCUCAAGGCCGUCGGCAGUGAUGCCUGGACUGUGUCCGACUCUGGUCGUAUGUGCCGUGCUUAA